UGCAUAAAAACCCUCUGAGGUCCCAAUGAGGAGGAGACAUCAACCACAGGAAGUAGAAACCACAUUUUAUUAUAAGAAGUUCUGCUUCAGACACUUUGAGAGUCGACAGCGAGAGAACAAGUCACAGAAAACAAGAGGAGAGAAAAAUGUUUGGAUUGAAAUCUUUUAAAUUAUCUCUGCUUCUGACAUGGAUGCUUCCAUUUACAGCUGAAACUCGACAAUUUUCUACCACAACGGUUGGAGAUGACGUCACUUUGACUUGUGAAGGUUUCAGAGAAUUUAAUGAUCAAUGUUUCAGUGCUACAUGGAUCUACAGUUUAUCAGGAAAAGCAGUGACACUGUAUGAAAAGGGGAAGGUUCACAGAGAUGCUGGAUCUAAAUCAGACAGACUGAAUGUUACAGAAAAAUGUUUCCUGGUUAUAAAGAAGGUCACAGUGGAGGAUGAAGGUCGUUACACCUGCAGACAGUUUAAAUCAUCAGGACGUAAAGUUACAGACUCUUCAGUUCAACUUUCUGUUACUAACAAAAAGAAUAGUAAAUCAGAACCAACCUCACCACUAGUCACUCCAUUGCCCACAACAACAAUGACAACAACAACAACAAUGACAACAACAACAACAACAUCCCCACAAGCAUCAGUCGCACCAACAACUGAUGGAAAAACUGGAUCAAACGCAGAUUUUCUUCUGGCAUCACUGAUCAGUGCAGCUGUUGCUUCAGCAGCUCUCUUAAUAACUACAUUGAUGAUCAUCAGAUGGAGGAAAACUAAAGGAAAUAAAACUCAGAUGGAUGAAACAGCUGAGUUCAACUCUGCAGGGACUCGGCCUGGUCCAGAGACCAGUCAGGACACGGCUGAUGCUGCAGAUGUUCACUACGCCUCCAUCAGCUACUUGAACAUGAGCAACACGGGAGCCCGGGUUCACAGUAGAGACCAUGAUGAACACAGAGUGACCUACAGCACUGUUAAAGCUCCUGCUGCAGCCUCCACUAAUCCCAACCACAUCUACGCUACUAUCCAAGCAUACAGAUGAAAGACUUCUAAAAUAUUUUUAUUUAUUUAUUUCCUACAUAAAUGAUCAGUUUUAAGCUUUCUUUUUCUGUGCAGUCCAAAGCGUACAAAGUUUUAUGUUUUAUUUCACAUUUACAGUAAGUUUAGGGGGAUGUACUGGCAGAAAUGCAGUGAUGACAUAUACAAAUAUAUAUUUUCUGUGGUGUGAAACGAAGGUGAAAGUAAGUAAGAAUGGUUAAGUCCCAUAUAUUGAGUCAUAUAAUACUGUAAGAACAACAUUUACUGGUAAAGAUUUCUCAAGAUGAAGUGAAUUCUUAGAAAAGAGAAGUGUCUUCUUUCCUCAUCAGCUGAUGAAACCAGAAAAGUUAUUUUUAUUUAUAUUCUGUUCACACUGCAGUGAGAUUACAUUGGCUGUGAAUUAGUGAUGUAUAAAUACAUUGAACUGAG